AUGAAGUCUUUUCUUCCUUUUCUCUUGGCGCUCAUUUUGGGCGCAGCCUUGUUCACAUUUGGAUACCGGCAAGGCCACUCUUCUGCCACCGAGAGUGCAGAACAGGUAGCUGAUGGGGGCAAGCCUGCCUUUCAGUUUCCGGAAGGAGAGCUACCGGUCGCGGAAGGAGAAUUGGAGUUGGGCUUUGACGCCCUCGAGAUUCAACCAGAAUCGAAACUGUCAAAGAGACAACGUCGCCUUGCUCGUGAUGAUCGACGUCGGGCCAAAAAGGGUUCCAAAGGAGGAGGUUCCAAGGGAGGUUCCAAGGGAGGAUCAAAAGGAUGCCCCAAAGGCUUCAGGUACUCCAAAGGGGCCAAAGGAUCAAAGGGCUCUAAGGGCUCUAAGGGAGGAUCAGGAACUUGUUUACCGAAUGGAAACGCUCCCUCUCCCGAAAUCCAACCUGUCGGCAUAUCUCCUCUUGCCCCUGUGUCCUCGCCAAUGGCUGCACCCGCCACUGUGCCAUUCACCGUUCCUAUUACAGCACCAAAUUCUCCGCCAAUUGCAUCGCCAGUUGCCGUGACCAUCUCUUAUCACUCCACCAAGGGCGGAGGCUCGAAGGGUUAUUCCAAAGGAGGUUCCAAGGGAGCAGCUCCUUCCUCAGUUGCUUCGCCGACAUUUGGAAGUGCGUCUCCUGCCUCAUUUCCUUCAAGCUCAGCUCCUAUUGUUACCUUUGGAACUCCUUCUGGAUCCACAGCUCCAGCAUCUGCUCCUGGAGGCCCUUCUAUUUACGUCGAAGCUACAGCAAAGGAUUGCCAAGCAAUCACAAACGGACAACUUGUCCAAGGCCAAAACGGUAUGGACAGGUCGACAUUUACAUUUUCAUUCGAUCUCUGGUUAAACAAUGGUGUGACGAACAUGGCAACUGUCAUCGCCACAGCAAAAGCAGCACUGCAAGCAUUGGUUGCUCAAGGUAUUGUGAAUUGUGGUUCGUCCUCCAAAGGAAAAGGAAAAGGAAAAGGAUCAAAUAGAAAGCUACAACAGAGACGCAGACUUCAGCACAAGCACAAACAUCAGAGACACCACCGUCACGGUCGUCACCACCGCAAGGAGCGACGCAGACUGGCAUUGGACCCGAACGUCAUUGCCAACGUGCUCUGGGACCUUGUUACUUGUGUGGAAACAGCAGAGUCACAUGUAACUUGCACUGGACUUGUCGACGUCUUCCUUCGAGGGCCCGCCUCCCCCGAAGAAAUUGCAGCAGUACUCAUAGCCUACCUUGAGAACCCAACUUUCCCAGUUGAUUCUGGUUUGGACCUAGUUGCCUACCUUCUUAACAACGUCAUAAUCCUCCCUCUGGAGGAUCUUCCCCUAGUAACCGCAAGCGACGCCGGAAGCAGAGGCGACCCCCACUUCACAUCUUGGAAGGGUGAGCACUUUGAGUUCCACGGGCAGUGCGAUUUGGUCUUGGCAAAGGAUGCCAACUUCGCGGAUGGGCUUGGAUUGGAUGUUCAAAUCCGAACCAAACUUGUUCGAUAUUGGAGUUACAUCAAGACCGCAGCUGUUCGCAUCGGCGACGAUUUCCUCGAAGUCGAGGGGUCUAGCGAUUUGGACAAUGAUCGGGCCAACUACUGGAUCAACUUUGAUCACCAAGCAAAGUCCAAGACCCUUGGAGGUUUCCCAUUGGCCGUUGUGGAUGAUGGGGCCCGACCUUUCCCCAAGCGCAGAUUUGAGAUCGACUUUGACUCAAAGUUCACUGGCCAGAAGAUUGUGAUUGCCACCUACAAGGAAUUCGUCAAGGUUGAUUUCAUCGAUGCUUCUGCAGAAUCGGUUGGAAACACUAUGGGAAUUUUGGGCGACUUUCGAACUGGUGUGACUUAUGCUCGUGAUCAAUCCACUGUCAUCGAGGACUUCAAUGAAUUGGGUCUCGAAUGGCAAGUGCGCCCAGCUGACGACAUGAUGCUGUUCCACGAUAUCUCCUAUCCACAGUACCCCAAGUCUUGUCUACUUCCCGAAGACCCGCGUGGAGAUCGUCGCCGUCGAAUGGACGAGAGCGGAGUUUCCAUGGAAGAGGCAGAAAAGGCCUGUGCCACUUUGAAGGAUCCAUUGAGUAUCAAGGAUUGCGUGUACGACAUUAUGGCUACUCAAGAUCUAGAUAUGGCGGGUGCAUACUAA